CCGUGCUUUCGAGGAGCUGGGACUAGAGCCCAGAUGUGCGCUGUGGUCGCCAAUCCCUGUGUCCCUGGCAGAGCCCCGGGGAAUGGGCCCUGGGAGGACUUUCCUCCUAGGUGUGGUCCAGGGCCAGGGCUGGGAGAAUCAGGCAGGCAAUCCAGACUCCCCCGGGGUUGGUCAGCUCCUCCAUUAACCCACUGUGUUCAGGACACAUUCGCUCUCUCAAGGUCUGUGUCCCGCACCCGCCGGAAUGGAGGCUUUCUGGACCCUUUAGAAGGCUCCCCCACCUUCCUGAUCAGCCAAGUGGUUAAUGCGGACGGUUAAGAAGCUACGCCUGGACAACAACUCGAACACAGGAAGUUGGAGGAGCUUCUCACUGAAUUCUGAGGGGGCAGAGAGGAUGGCCACUGGGGCCCCGAUGUCGGACCCAGGCGACACGGUCGAGAUGGAGGACCCGGCAACCCACUUCCAGGUGCAGAAGCACUCGUGGGAAGGGCUCCGGAACAUCAUCCACGACAGCCGCAAGAACUCAGGCCUGAUCGUCAACAAGGCUCCCCAUGACUUCCAGUUUGUGCAGAAGACAGAUGAGUCAAGCCCCCACUCCCACCGCCUCUACUACCUAGGGAUGCCUUAUGGCAGCCGAGAGAACUCCCUCCUCUACUCUGAGAUCCCCAGGAAGGUCCGGAAAGAGGCUUUGCUGCUCCUGUCUUGGAAGCAGAUGCUGGACCAUUUCCAGGCCACGCCCCACCACGGGGUCUACUCUCGUGAGGAGGAGCUGCUGCGGGAGCGGAAGCGCCUGGGCGUCUUUGGCAUCACCUCCUAUGACUUCCACAGCGAGAGCGGCCUCUUCCUCUUCCAGGCCAGCAACAGCCUCUUCCACUGUCGGGACGGGGGCAAGAAUGGCUUCAUGGUGUCCCCCAUGAAGCCAUUGGAAAUCAAGACCCAGUGUUCUGGGCCUCGGAUGGACCCCAAGAUCUGCCCUGCCGACCCCGCCUUCUUUUCCUUCAUCAACAACAGUGACCUGUGGGUGGCCAACAUUGAGACCGGCGAAGAGCAGCGGCUGACUUUCUGCCACAGGGGCUUAUCCAACGUUCUCGAGGACCCCAAAUCUGCAGGCGUGGCCACCUUCGUCAUCCAGGAAGAAUUUGACCGCUUCACUGGCUACUGGUGGUGUCCCACAGCCUCCCGGGAAGGUUCGGAAGGCCACAAGACACUGCGAAUCCUGUACGAGGAGGUCGACGAGUCGGAGGUGGAGGUCAUUCACGUGCCCUCUCCUGCGCUAGAAGAAAGGAAGACAGACUCAUACCGGUACCCCCGGACAGGUAGCAAGAAUCCAAAGAUCGCCUUGAAGCUGGCUGAGUUUCAGACUGACAGUCAAGGCAAGAUCGUCUCUACCCAAGAGAAGGAGCUGGUGCAGCCAUUCAGCAUGCUCUUCCCCAAGGCGGAAUACAUCGCCCGGGCCGGGUGGACCCGAGACGGCAAAUACGCCUGGGCCAUGCUCCUGGAUCGGCCCCAGCAGCAGCUCCAGCUCGUCCUCCUGCCCCCAGCCCUGUUCAUCCCCAUCACCGAGGAUGAGGAGCAGCGGGAGGCCUUCGCCAGAGCCGUGCCCAGUAACGUCCAGCCAUACGUGGUGUACGAGGAGAUCACCAGCGUGUGGAUCAAUGUUCAUGACAUCUUCUAUCCCUUCCCCCAAUCAGAGGGUGAGGACGAGCUCUGCUUCAUCCGCGCCAACGAAAGCAAGACCGGCUUCUGCCACUUGUACAAGGUCACCACCGUGUUACAGCCUAAUGGCUACGACUGGAGCGAGCCCUUCAGCCCCGGGGAAGAUGAAUUUAAGUGCCCUGUCAAGGAGGAGAUCGCGCUGACCAGCGGUGAAUGGGAGGUUUUGGCCAGGCAUGGCUCCAAGAUCUGGGUCAACGAGGAGACGAAGCUGGUGUACUUCCAAGGCACGAAGGACACUCCCCUGGAGCACCACCUCUACGUGGUCAGCUAUGAGUCGGCCAGUGAGAUUGUGCGCCUCACCACGCCCGGCUUCUCCCACAGCUGCUCCAUGAGCCAGAAUUUCGACAUGUUCGUCAGCCACUACAGCAGUGUGGGCACACCACCCUGCGUGCACGUCUACAAGCUGACCGGCCCCGAUGAUGACCCUCUGCACAAGCAGCCUCAGUUCUGGGCCAGCAUGAUGGAGGCAGCCAGCUGCCCCCCCGAUUAUGUGCCCCCGGAAAUCUUUGACUUCCACACGCGGUCUGACGUGCAGCUCUACGGCAUGAUCUACAAGCCGCAUGCGGUGCAGCCAGGGAAGAAGCACCCCACUGUUCUUUUUGUGUACGGAGGCCCCCAGGUGCAGCUGGUCAAUAACUCCUUCAAGGGAAUCAAGUAUUUGCGGCUCAACACGCUGGCGUCCCUGGGCUACGCUGUGGUUGUGAUUGAUGGCAGGGGCUCAUGUCAGCGAGGUCUUCGGUUCGAAGGGGCCCUGAAAAACCAAAUGGGCCAGGUGGAGAUUGAGGACCAGGUGGAGGGCCUGCAGUUCGUGGCCCAGAAGUACGGCUUCAUCGACCUGAGCCGGGUGGCCAUCCACGGCUGGUCCUACGGAGGCUUCCUGUCGCUCAUGGGGCUGAUCCACAAGCCUCAGGUGUUCAAGGUGGCCAUCGCAGGUGCCCCGGUCACAGUCUGGAUGGCCUAUGACACAGGGUACACGGAACGUUAUAUGGACGUCCCGGAGAACAACCAACUUGGCUAUGAGGCAGGCUCCGUGGCCCUGCACGUGGAGAAGCUGCCCAACGAGCCCAACCGCCUGCUCAUCCUGCACGGCUUCCUGGAUGAGAAUGUGCACUUUUUUCACACAAACUUUCUCGUCUCCCAGCUGAUUCGAGCCGGAAAACCUUACCAGCUCCAGAUUUACCCCAACGAGAGACACAGCAUCCGUUGCCCCGAGUCCGGCGAGCACUAUGAAGUCACGCUGCUGCACUUUCUACAAGAAUACCUCUGAGGGCCAAGGCACUCGGCCGCACACUUAGAGCACAAGUGGUUUCUCCGCCGCUGCCACCACCACUACCACCACCACCACCACCAGUGAGACCAGGUGGAAGGACCGAGUGGCCUUGCAGCUCCCACCCUGCAGUGCCCUCUCCACAGCCCCUGCUGGACCGCCCAGGCCCAAGAGCCACCGCCUUCAUGACCCGACGUCUUUUAUCGUUUUUAAAAAUGCUCCUGGGUUCUUUGCCUGCUGCUUCUUGGUUGCCAAGAUGGAGAGAUACGGCUGACCCACAGGGCACUUCCUGAAGCCAUCCCCUCUCCCCAUUGUCUGGGAGCAGGACGCCUGAACUCCACUGGGCACGGGAGAGGUUGGGUCUGCCUGCUGGGCCCUGGCCCACCACUGCACCCAGCCCGGAAGCAUGCAAUUGGUUGCCUUUUCUCCUCACCAGCCCCAUUUCCUACUUGUGUUUUGUUUUUGGGGACAUUUUUCAUAAUUAUUUAAAAGACAGAAAGCAAGGGGUGCCUAAAUCUAGAAUUGGGGUCUGCCGCUGAGUAACGGGGUUCAGCCCAGCCAGCACCCAGUGAACCCUGCCUCUUUCGAAGCCCAGAGUGGGGAGUGGUGGCCAGCAGGUAUGAGCGAUGCACGCGGCGCAGAGCAGCCUCCUGGGCCCGCCUCUCCCCAGCUGGUAGGCAGGCUCUGAACUCGUUCAGCUGUUCAGCUUCGGUCUCUGCUGGCCAGCGGCUGCUGCCCACCCCGGCCCUCCAGCCAUGUGUCUGCCUGGCCCGCACCGACCAGAUUCCGGGGUUGGGAGUGGAACCAUCCCCACCUCAGGGUUAUCUUUACUCCUUCCUUUCCCUCCCUGCCACGAGUUCUGCCAGGGGCGGGCGAGAAAAAAAAAAAAAAAGAACCCCAGAAACAAACCACCUCUACAUAUUAAGGAAAGAAAAUAUUUUUGUCAAUUCUUAUUCUUUUAUAAUUAUGCGUGUACGAAAUAGGCUCAUUAAACGAUUCCAGAUGGAAGCGUGGCCA